AUCUCAGAGAAGGAAUAUUUCAGAACAACGGAACACUUUUAUUUACUUUUAACAUAAUCUACAUUUAUUUUUAGGGAAAGCCGUUAACAUGAAGAUUGUCUCUAUUUUAUCAUCGUUGCUAUGGUGUUUACUCGACCAUGGUGCAUCUGGUGUCAAGGAUGGAGGAUCAGUGUCAGUGAAUGAGGGAGAAUCAGUCACUCUAGGCACUGGUGUUAAAACAAACCAACAAGAAAAGAUUGUAUGGUAUUUUAAUGCCAUUCUCAUUGCUGAAAUCACUGGAGAUCUCAGACAUAUCUGUACAGAUGUUCAGUGUAAAAAUAGUGAUGUGAGAUUCAAAAACAGACUGAAGCUGGAUCAUCAGACUGGAUCUCUGACCAUCACAAACACCAGGACCACAGAUGUGGGAGUUUAUAAACUGAAGAUCGUGGAAAACAGAAGAGACAGUGAAAAGAUCUUCAUUGUUUUUGUUCAUGCUUUUUUCAGUGUUGAUACAGAUGAAGAAUCAGCAUUUGUGAUGGAGGACGAUUCAGUCACUCUACACACUGGUGUUGAAACAAACCAGCAAGAAAAGAUUAGAUGGUAUUUUAGUGGCACUCGUAUUGCUCAAAUCACUGGAGAUCAAAGUAAUAUUAGUACAGAUGUUCAGUGCAAUAAUGGCACUGAGAGAUUCAGAGACAGACUGAAGCUGGACAAUCCGACUGGAUCUCUGACCAUCAUGAACACCAUAGAACUGGAUUCUGGAGUUUAUCGUCUACGGAUCAUCAUCAGCAGCAACAUCAGUGAAAAGAUCUUCAUUGUUGCUGUAUAUAGUGUUAGUGCUGUUGAACGAGAUAAAAUAAAGAAAAAGUCAGUGAAGGAGGGAGACUCUGUCACUUUAGCUCCUGGUGUAAUAAAAAAACAAAAUUAUGUGAUAGUGUGGUAUUUUAAUGACAUUGAAAUCACUGGAAAUCAGAGUGGGAUCUGUACAGAUGAUCCAUGUGAAGAUGCUGAUGAGAGAUUCAGAGACAGACUGAAGCUGGAUCAGACUGGAUCUCUGACCAUCAUAAACACCAGAACCACAGACACUGGAUUUUACAAACUACAGAUCAACUGCAGAAAAAUCAGCAUCAUCAAGAUAUUCAGUGUUACUGUCACUGCUGUUCCAGAUUCAACUGCUCCUGCUGCUGUUGCCGCUGUUGUUGUUGCUGUUCUGCUGGUGGCUGCAGCUGCUGGUGUGUUUUACUAUUGCUCCAGGAGACCUGAACAAGAAGACACAGUGCAGCACAGUCAUAAUCAGAUUCCAUUAAAUCAAGAUCCAAACGUAGGUUCAGGAGGAGCCUAAUCAUUCAGUCCUGUCAAUUGUCAUUGCUAGCCUAUAUAAGCAGCGCUCACUGCAUUCCACUGCAUUCACUGCUCAUGGACACCAUCCCAGCUGAGCCCUGCCCACAGAGCUCAUCACAGACAGACUGUGACAUACUACAACAGCUCCAAGACUCAGCGCCGAAGGACGACUUACUGGUAAACAGCCAGGAAAGCCAGGACAACAUAUUUCAGCCACCGGAAACACCAGAGCCAAAGCCCCACUCACCAGACACAUUAUCCCUCUCCCCAGCAUCUCCACUUCUAAGCUUCUCACAGAAAAUGGAGGAACUGGUAUAUGCUGGAACCAGACUCUCCCACUGUUUUGCUGCAAGCCCCCAGAUAUCAACUAAAAAACAGCGGGCACCACAACCACCAAAGCCUGUGGGCCCAGCUCGCCCUCCUCCUCCUUCAAGAGCUCUCCGGCCGCUGCCACAACGGUGGGGCCCAAACCCUCCUCCAUCUGCUGUAGGUGAACCAAAAACAACUGAUAACAGCUCCCAGUGAUAUGUGUCGGGUCCCCGCUACGAUAGUAGCAACAUUCAGAAAUGUUUACAUAACAAGCGGGAACCCAGUGUGCCUGUAGCUUUCUCUAUCUCUGUUUUAUCACGUGAUAGAAAGUCUAAGGCCUUCUCAAGCCGUACAGCUGACCCAUCUAAUCUGCGGCCUAUUAGGUAUCAAACUAAGACUUCUCUAGAGACAAAAAGUAAUGGCAUCAAGUUAGCAUUUCUGAUCAAUGACUUAACCACAUACAACCUGGAUUUUAUGUUUCCAAUUGAAACAUGGCUAGAAGACAGCUGCAGUGCAACAGUCCUCAAUGAAACAGCCCCUCCUAACUUUACUUUCAUGAGUGUCUGCAGAACUGCAGGAGAGGUGGCAGUGUAGCUGCUCUAUUUAAAGAUGUCUAUCAAUGUAAGCAAGUGCCAUUUGGUCAGUACUUGUCUUUUGAAUAUCUAGGGAUUGUGCUGAAAGGUGCUCCACGAAUUCUAUUUAUCAUUAUUUACAGGCCUUCAAAAUACUCUCCAGCCUUUGUUGAAGAGUUCACAAAACUGUUAUCAAUGAUUUUUACUCAGAGUUUGACUGUUUUGCUAUUGCAGGGGAUUUUAAUUUUCACAUAGAAAAUUCAGAAAUCAAAACCACAAAAGAAAUUAUAACCGUUUUAAACACUUUUGACCUGAUUCAGCAUGUGCAUGGACCCACACACAAUCGUGGACACACUUUUGAUUUACUCAUUAAACAGUAACCUAAACAGCACUCGCACACUUUUUGCUACUGAUUCCCAAGCUGCUUUUCCACUAUCGGACCGAACCGUUCUCUCUGCUUAAACGUUCCAUUCCAGCACGAAUACGGUUUCAUUUUCCACUGUGGUGCUGAUAACGGAACUCUUUCGAAUGUAAAUACAAAUGCGUCAGUCGUUGCCUUGUUAACGCAAUUGUAAUGUAUUUCUGUUUUUGGGACUCCUUUUUUAAAAUCUGAUAUUUACUUUGUUAAAUAACAGAAAACACAACCUUUGGUGCAAAAAAAUUAAAUAAACAGAAGGCGACGACAGGUAUCACGUUACCAAAUGCUGAGGGAAUAUGUUAUGCCAACGGAGACGGAAACAGAAGGUAAACCCUUUCAAAAAAAAAAAAUAAAUAAAUACCACAUCUAUUGACGGUAUUAAUGCACUAACUAUGAACGCAGCGCAGCUGUUUACUUGGCUGUUUGAUCAAAUAACGCACUUCCGCUUAGCACACACACUCUAUCAGCACGGUUCAGCACGGUUGUCUAACCGUGCCAAGAAUUCCGGGCCGAGAAUGGUUUGUAAUCGUGCCGUCCCAGGCUCAAGUGGAAACACAACUGGAACCGUACCUGACCGUUCUAAGAACAGUUCGGCCCGAUAGUGGAAAAGCGGCUCCAGUGAAAUGCUCUCUGACAGCAAAUGCAAUGACUUUGCCUCCUUCUUUUCAGAGAAGAUCAUUAAUAUCAGAAAGGUUAUUAGCACGUCCUGCAGAGGUCAGACAGAUUCGACCGCAAUUUCAAAAAGAAGUCACUUUGUCUGUUUUUGAAGCAAUUGAUAGCAAAACUUUUUGGAAGAAAUAGUACAGCACCUUAAAUCCUCAACCUGCAAUCUUGACACACUUCCCACAUCUUUUUUCAAAAGUGUGUUUAACUGUUUAGAAACAGAUCUCGGGUAAACACCUCACUUCUUUCUGGGACUUUUCCAAACUCCCUGAAAACUGCAGUUGUUAAGCCCCUUCUGAAAAAGAGCAAUCUUGAUAACACCAUAUUGAGCAACUACAGACCAAUAUCUAAUCUUCCUUUUAUAGGCAAGAUUAUUGAAAAGGUAGUUUUCAAUCAGUUGAACAACUACUUAAACUCAAAUGGAUACCUAGACAAUUUUCAAUCUGGUUUCCGAACGCAUCACAGUACAGAGACGGCGCUCAUUAAGAUAAUAAAUGAUAUUCGCCUAAAUUCUGAUUCUGGCAAAAUAUCAGUGCUGGUACUACUAGAUCUUAGUGCUGCGUUUGACACUGUCGAUCAUAACAUUCUUCUAGAGAGACUGGAAAACUGGGUCGGGCUUUCUGGGAUGGCUCUCAAUUGGUUCAGGUCAUACUUAGAAGGGAGAUGUUAUUAUGUGAGUAUAGGAGAGCAUAAGUCUAAGUGGACGUCCAUGACAUGCAGAGUCCCUCAAGGCUCAAUUCUUGUGCCGCUCUUGUUUAGUCUGUAUAUGCUCCCACUAAGUCAAAUAAUGAGAAAGAACCAAAUUGCCUAUCACAGCUAUGCUGAUGAUACCCAGAUUUACCUAGCCUUAUCACCAAAUGACUACAGCCCCAAUGAUUCCCUCUGCCAAUGCAUUGAUGAAAUUAACAGUUGGAUGUGCCAGAACUUCCUUCAGUUAAACAAGGAGAAAACUGAAGUCAUUGCAUUCGGAAGCAAAGAGGAAGUUCUUAAGGUGAAUGCAUACCUUGACUCUAGGGGUCAAACAACUAAAAACCAAGUCAGGAAUCUUGGUGUGAUUCUGGAGUCAGACCUUAGUUUCAGUAGUCAUGUCAAAGCAGUAACUAAAUCAGCAUACUAUCAUCUCAAAAACAUUGCAAGAAUUAGAUGUUUUGUUUCCAGUCAAGACUUGGAGAAACUGCCUUUCAUGCCUUUAUCACAAGCAGGGUGGAUUAUUGUAAUGGUCUCCUCACUGGCCUUCCCAAGAAGACCAUUAGACAGCUGCAGCUCAUCCAGAACGCUGCUGCCAGGAUUGAGACUAGAACCAGAAAAUCUGAGCGUAUCACACCAGUCCUCAGGUCCCUACACUGGCUUCCAGUUAUAUUUAGAAUUGAUUUUAAAGUAUUAAUACUCAUUUAUAAAUCAAUCAAUGGCCUAGGACCUAAAUACAUUGCAGAUAUGCUCACUGAAUAUAAAUCUAACAGACCACUCAGAUCAUUAGGAUCGAGUCAGUUAGAAAUACCAAGGGUUCACACAAAACAAGGGGAAUCCGCUUUUAGCUAUUAUGCUGCCCGCAGUUGGAACCAGCUUCCAGAAGAGAUCAAAUGUGCUAAAACAUUAGCUACAUUUAAAUCUAGACUCAAAACUCAUCUGUUUAGCUGUGCAUUUACUGAAUGAGCACUGUGCUACAUCCGAACUGAUUGCAUUAUGUUUAAUCAUUUUCUGUUUUUAACGGUCUUAAAUUUAUUUUAAAUCAAUUUUUUAAAUCAUUUUUAAAAUCAUUAAAUCAAUCAGUUUUUACAUUUUACAUUUUUUUUGUUUUGUUGUUGUGAUCAUUGUUUUUAUGAUUGUUCGACUUCCUUUUUUGUGAUUAUUGUUUUUAUUAUUGUUUUUAUGAUUAUUCUAC